AUGACUUGGACUGACUCUGCUGUAUCCUCGAUUGAUAUCGUUUUGAACGGCGAACCACCCCGCGCACCAUCUCAAGCAUGCGAACCGAAUUAUCUGACGCUUCAGAGAAGCUCAAAGAGGUACCGAAACGCUCCCUUUUUGUGUGCCCGCGUGGGUUUCGGCUUCAUAUCAAGGAAGCUGAGCGAGUUUGCAUGUGGGCGGUAA